CAUCACUGCUAGAGAUUCUGGAUCACCCCAAGGCACCACCUGAUGCCCAUGAGUUAGGCCUAUUCGAAACUGACCAACUGCCACCACUUUUUGUUCUGGGUAAUUCAAAUUCUGGAAAACAUCAUAAGGUGAACCCAUACAUUGUAUCUAUCGAAUAUGUUUCCUGUCAAAGUACUUUUCGUUUUUGCCUCCAUUGUUGUGCAGCUAUGGGCUGAUGAUGAUGUGAGGGCAAAGGACCUUGCCAUUUUCAGAGAGUGCGCAGAAGCUAAUGGGUUGAAAAUGGGGGACCACAAAAGAGGAGAAAAACCAUCAGCUGAGAUGCUGUGUACCAUUAAAUGCACCAUGGAGAAAAAGAAUUUGUUGUCCGGUGGUAAAAUCCAGAUUGAAGAGACUAAAAAAGAUCUCAUCAGCCAUAAUCAUGACAAGGAUAAAAUCGAUAAGAUAAUAGAUUGCAUGAAAGGAAUUGAAGUUUCAGAAUGUUCAGAUGUUGAGAAACUGAUGGAUUGUACCGAUAUGGAUGAAAAAAUGCGCUAUUGAUUCGAUGUCGAUCGAAUAAACUGUCAAUAUACUUCUGGUUUAUCGUCAAUAAAGGAUAUUCGAAGAAA